AUGGCAUCACGAACUGGUUCAACCAUGCCUACACAGAAGAAGCUCGUCACAUACGGAAAGGCAUCGCGCAAGCGACAUCUACGCGACCCGAUACCACUACGAGCCACCGAACCACAUGUUCCGCCAUCCGAGCGCCUAACCACCGCUACCGCUACUGCCACCGCUGGCGUCGAGAAUACAACAAAGCAAUCAAAACCACGUAGCCCAGCGCCGCUUCGCGAUCCAUCACCGAAACCAUCUACCGGAAAUCGUUCGAACGUUCAGUAUGGCCGUGACCGUGUAGUGCCUACACAAGCGCACGACCAGGAGUCUCGGGACGACGCGAUCUCGAGAAAACGGAAGCGCCCUCAAGCCGGUUUGUCUGACGCAGCGCACGGAAAUCCAGCAGCGUCUUCGUCUCAAAGGCGCUCCAAACCUCAUACACCAUCACCGCGAACUCGGCCGGUUGGGCCCUUGAAGAGCAGCGCCAGCAACAACACCGAGCCUCUCCGACAUCCAACCAUCACCAAGGACAACCUGAGAAAGACAAGCAACCCAACCCGCCACCCCGAUGUUGUCGCAACGGAUAUAUCAAGCAAUAAAGCUCGUCUGGGGCCUGCACCUGGCCCAAAAUGCCAUGGAGAUCGUGGAACAAGCUCUCAAACUCGGCGUCCUCGAUUGAUUGACGCUCUCGCUGCCCAGAGAUCCAACAGCCCAGAGUCCGAUUCAUCACUAGAAGAGGAAGGACUAACACAGUCGUCUCUCUUUAGCGGGCCGGCAACCCCUUCGCAACAGCCUCCAACUCUGACUCGGGAGGACUCGAUUUCACGGCCAAAGGCUCGUCCAGGUGUGAUUCUACAAGGCAAGAGGGUCAAGUACACCUACGGGCAGACCCGAACCAUUCUCAAUGACUCCCAGAAGACCGUCGAUUCUGGCAUGGGCAGCUGUGAAGAUGACUUGGAUGCACUUUUGGCCACUCCCCCAGCAAUUUCCCAGCCUGAUCCUUUUUCAUUCGGGGACGAUGACGUUGAUCUGGAUGGUGACGUUCGGCCCGCAAUCAAGAGUGUUCAUGAGUUGCGACGAGCCGGGGCAAACAAUAGAUUUGCCGACGAGAUGGAAGAUCUUCUUGCUAGGAUUUCAACGCCUAGCAGUGGCCCCUCGUCCAUGAGGAGGAAUGCGUUGCUGGAACUGGCCCAAAAAUUGCAACGCAAAGACUUCAUCAGCCAAUUCCGCGACCAUGCUACCCGCGAUAAAGUGGCAAUAGACAUUGGCCAAGAAGAGGAUGUAGUCAGCGGGUUUGGCUUGACCUCUAUACUCAUCACAUUUUUGAAUUUUAACCCUGCCGCACAUCUCCUCCGCCAGCUAGCUGAGGAUGGGCUUGGAAAGAUGCUGGGCCGCCUUCUCCGUGUCUCUGAAGACAUUGACACCCUGGCGUCCCAAAAAAAGAUGCGGCUCUCGGGGGCUAGCAAGAGAUCGCUGGGCGAGGUAAAGAAGACCAUGAUGCGCAUGGAUAUUUGGGAAGGUCGUCAUCUUGAGGAACUUUCCCCACAAACUCUUGCUCUUCAGCUGUUGAACAUAUUGUGUCGACGCGUGGACCCAGGAUACUCCGCGGGGGUAAUCAAGGACACGGGAAAGGAUCUCACUGGCAUUAUGGAUCAUUAUACAGAUGAUGGUUCAACCCAAGAUGCAGUCUUUGCCCUUGUGGUGUCGAUUCUAGAGACCCAGUCUACACUGACAAUGGAUGGCGAUGAUGAGGUCUCGUGGAUCCUGCGCCAGACGCCCAAGAUUGCGCAGUUCCUAUCAAACGCUCUCCAGGAAUGGUCAGAGAAACCCACUGACAUCCAGUCCGCAAUCAUCAAACUCGCCAUCAAUACAUCAAAUACGGCCCAGGGAGCGGCGGGACUCAAUAAUAGGACUUUGCUUUCGAGGCUCUCGAACCGAAUCUGCGCGGGAUUCAAGUCUGCCCAGGAGGCGGUCAGCAACCGAAGUCUGCGGGCAGAGUCGUACGAUGGGUUGCUGCUGAUACUGGGUGUCAUGAUCAACAUCCUAGAGCACUGUCCGCCCGCGCGAGAGAACGUAGAUGGUGAGUCUUUGGAGAGCUUGGUAGCUCUGUACGUGCAAAACCAGGCUUCGACGAGUGAGGCCGACUCGGUGGAAAAAUCACAGCUCAGCGUGGCGGUUGGGUAUCUCGCCGUGCUCCUCGGGUAUUUGUCCCUGGUGGGAUCAGUCCGGCGGCGCUUGGCCGACCGGACGGGUGACGAAGGGGUCUCGGGCCUGAUAGGGUCGAUUCAAGAAUUCAUUGGCAUGUACAGAUCUGUGGAUAGCAAGGUGCACGAGCUCGAGGGAUUAGUGAAUGAGCUACAGCGGCUGCGGCGGAUGCCAAGGUGA